AUGCCAAGAAAAGCCGGAAAAAAGCCAAACAUGAGGAUCAGUAGUGAUGGUGAAGACACAGCAACGGCUGACAUACGCGACUCUACGACGCGACAUACGCGUGAAGAGCUGAUCGUCGUCGUACCGCCUGUAUCACAGAGAAUGAGAGUUAGAAGAAUGAUCAGAAUAUCUGACGAGGAAGAAAGUGAUGUUAUCAUGUCACAGAUAGAUGCCUCUGAAGAUGAAGAAUAUAACUCAGUUCAUUCUUCACCCAGUUCAUCAUCAUCUACUCCUUCUUUCCGAUCUACAAUUCAAUCACUAUCGUCAGAUGAGCAUAAAGAAUCGCCAACAAGACCCAAACGACGUGCGGCAAAAAGGAAAAUAAACUAUAACGAAGAAGCGGCUUACAAAGUUUUGGAGAGUAUUGUACCCGCGCCAGCCAAGCUUAAUGGAAUGGAAAAUGCAGACGAUGAUAGUGAAGAAGAAGCUUACAUCGAGGUAUCCAGUGACACUCAAACUAAUACUAAACCCUCCUUCAAACGCAGAAAAUCCCAGCGAGACACAAUACGUGUGCUCUCUUCCUCACUGUCAUCCGAUUCUGAGUGUCAUAAAAACACUAGCGACGCCUCUGAUAAUGCGACUACGGGUCUAUCCAUAAUACGGACAAGAGGGCGUACAAGAGCAAAGUCUUCUAGUGAAGAUGAAUUGAAGCCUAUGGAUGUUGAUGAAAAUAAUAACGAAGAGGAGAAAGGCAAGAAAAACGACAGGAUAUUGCGAACGAAAAGAAGAUUACGUAACUCAAAAGAUAGUGAAGAGGAUGGUGAUGACAAUAAUGUGGCCGAUGGAGUUUCUAGUAACGGUGAUGACGAUAGAAAGAAAGAAACGGAAGACCGUGAUAAAUCAAGCGACGACGACUUCGUUCCAACAAAGUCUCGCAAACUCACCGUUGCAUCAAAUUCAAAAACCGGAUCUGCCUCUCGUACGAACAAAAGUUCUCACUCUGUCACAAGUGCUGAUUCUUAUUCGGAUUCUGCUUCGUCAGAUUCUUUUAUCAAUUCCCAAACUGCAGUUCGGUUUCGUCCUCUUAGACGAACGCGUGCUUCGUAUAAAGAAGAGAUUAGUAUUCCCGAUAGUUCUUCCUCUUCGUCUUGUUCGUCUCAUUCUUCCCGAAACUAUCGUACAAAACGUCAGCAGCAACUGCAAAAUCGCAAAUCUGGCCCGCGCAGACUCCGUCAAGUCGUUUCAUCUGAUCCCUCGAGUGAUUCCUAUGACGAAGAAAUUAUAAAAUCUCACAGAUCUUGGUGCGAACACUGUGGUAAAUCUGGGAAAAGACAAGAAAAGAACCGGAAAAAAAACGAAGACGAAGAUAAAUUACUUGUAUUAUGUGAUUUGUGUUCGUGCUCAUAUCACUGGGGAUGUAUACCUCAAUUGAGGAAAUCAAAGAAGAUACACAAGACAUUUAGGUGCACAAAAUGCAUGCGGCAUAAGAGUACUGUUAAAUGUAUGAUUUGUAGUUUAGAUAUUAAUGGGACUAGUAUAAAGAGACAAGCAGACAAAGGAGAAACCGAAAAUGAUACAAAUGGAAACCAAAAAAUGAAACUAAGAGAAACGAAAGAAGUGAAGAUGAAAAAUGAAGAUGACGAUGAGGGUAAGCGAAUUAAGGGGAAGAAAAGGCAGACGGAUAGAGACGAGCUGAUUAAGACAUAUAGAAGGAAGUGGAAAUGCAAAGAUUGUUUGAAGUGGGACCAUGAAGUGGACAGGAUUUUGACGUACAAGUGGAUGAGAACGGAUGAUUCGGACGCGGAGGUAAAAAGUGGAAAAGAUGAAGCAAUAAAGAGCAACGAAGAAAAUCCAAAUACAACUGAACCAGCGAAUAGUACUAACGCAAUGAAUGACAAUAUGGAAGCACUAGAAGAAUCAGACUCUCCAACAGAUUCCACAAGCACAGACCAGACAAACAAUUCAUCUUACCGUCUCUUUCUCAUAAAAUUUGAGGGGCUCUCUUAUAGACAUGUUACUUGGGUCCCCGAACGUUGGAUAAAUAACGUGAAUUCUUUCAUGGUUCGGGGGUUUCUAAAACGAUAUCCUGACGAUCCUCCUAGAAUGGAGGAAGCUUUACCAGAGGAGUGGACAAAGGUUGACCGGGUUCUGGAUGUUGAGUUUAAGAAUGGGAAAACAUUGUAUAGUGUUACUUUUACAAAGAUGGAUGUGGAUUUCCAGAGUGUUAAGGAGGUCAAGAAAGCUUUUAUUAAAUGGCAAGGGCUACAUUAUGAUGAGGCGUGCUGGGAAGAAUCUAUUGACACAAAAAAAGACUUGGACUUUCGCAAUGCAUACAAAGCUCGACUCGAAAACAUGAAAAUAAAAUUUCCUAUAAUUCCCCCCACUAUACGCAAGAAUAGAUCGAGAGCGAGACAGCAAUUUAUUGAAUUCAAACAACAACCUCCGUACAUCCCUUAUACUCUUAUGGACUAUCAACUCGAAGGUGUCAACUGGCUUCUUUACCAAUACCAGAACCAAUCCUCCUGUUUGCUUGCUGAUGACAUGGGCCUUGGGAAAACCAUUCAAGUGAUAUCAUUUCUAUCCAUCUUACACAGGGAACAUUGCAUAUUUCCUAGUCUUAUUGUAGUACCUAAAUCGACAGCCAUCAAUUGGGUAAGGGAAUUCAAGAAAUGGAGUCCAAUGUUGCAUGUCGUUGAGUAUCACGGUGAGGCAACGUCGAGGCAAAUGAUCGAAAAAUAUGAGCUGUUCCCAAGAGGGGACAAAAGUUUGGCUUGUCAUGUUGUUGUAACUACUUACGAAACAAUGAUGGGCUUUCCGGGAGUGUUUGCUCGCGUGCCAUUAUGGCAAGUGCUGGUUGUUGAUGAGGCACAUAGGUUGAAAGGCGGAAGUACUAGUCUGCUGUUUGCGACACUGAAGAAGAAAAUUAAAUUGAAGCAUCGAGUACUUCUUACCGGUACUCCGUUGCAGAACAACAUUGAAGAGUUGUUCAACUUGAUGAAUUUCCUUGGACUGGAAGACUUUGAAGACCCAAAAGAGAUGGCUGAGACAUAUGGAGAUUUGAAUAAAGAGCAGUUGGAACAAUUACAUGUCAAAUUAAAGCCUUAUUUUUUACGGCGUAAUCGUGAACAAGUUUUAGGGUUUUUGCCUCCAAAGGCCGAAAUAAUAGUACCUGUGCAAAUGACAUCCCUUCAAAAGAAAUUGUGCAAAGAAAUUCUAGCAAAGAAUGUAACACUUCUUCAAGGCAUUCUAAAAAAAACUCAACUUGGCGCUGGUCGUCGGAUGUCUCUUCAUAACAUUCUCGUUGAACUGCGUAAAGUUCUUUGUCAUCCGUAUCUAAUACAUGGAAUCGAAGACACCGAUAUUGAGGAUGAGGAUACUAUACAUAAAAAUCUAAUCGAAGCUAGCGGGAAGUUAAUGCUACUGCAGAAGAUGCUUCCAAAGUUAAAAGAACAUGGGCAUAAAGUAUUAAUAUUUUCGCAGUACAAAAUGAUGUUGGAUGUAGCCGAAGAUUUUUUGAUAAAAGAAGGCUGGGAAUACGUCAGGCUUGACGGUGAUACUAGCGGAGACGAGCGUCAGGAAAUGAUUGACGAUUUCCAAGCUCCAGGCUCAGAUAAAUUCGUAUUUCUCUUGACAACGCGGGCUGGAGGUGUUGGAUUAAACUUGACCGCGGCAGAUACCGUCUUUAUAUAUGACCCUGACUACAAUCCUCAUAUGGAUAUGCAAGCACUGAGUCGCGUGUAUAGAAUAGGACAAGAAAAGAAAGUUCUUGUAUUUAGGUUUGUAACCAGAGCGUCAGCAGAAGAACGCAUAGUCCAAAUUGGUAAACGAAAAUUAGUCCUCGAUCAUUUGAUAGUCGAGAAAAUGGAAGAAGAAAAUCUUGGGGCGAAUGAUGUCGAGAGCAUAAUCCGUUUUGGUGCUGAAGCUCUGUUCAAAGAUGAAGCAGACGAAACACCGUUGAAAUACGAUGAUAAAGACAUUGACAAACUGCUUGAUCGCAGUCAUCUGGUAAAGAAGAUUAGUGACCAAGAGGAAUCAAAGAAUCUCAACGGACUUGCAUUUGCUAGGAUAUGGGAUACAGAUAAGAAAGACUAUACCGAAUAUGUAGAUGAUGAACAAGAAGGUCAGAGUGAGGAUAUUUGGGAAAAAUUGUUGGAAGAGAGAUUGGCUCAUGCCACUGUUCAAGAGUCCACUCCGAAGGGACGAGGAAAAAGAAAGAGAACGAAAGUGGUCAAUUAUUAUGAACAAGACGUUGAUCAAUCGCCUUCACUCGGAAGUGAUGCAGACUUGGCUGCUGAACAUCUUCAGUCCAUUGACCUCACCGACACUGACAAAGGGAGCUCUCCCGCACACUCAGGACAUGCUACACCAGAAACGGCUAAUCUUCAAACGUAUAACAAUCAACUAACACAAAUGUACCGAGCUCAAGUAAUGAUGAAUCAACAACAACAGAUUAAUCAAGAAGAGAACACCCAACUUCAAAUACAGCAGUUAGCACAAGCACAAUUGGCAAGAGCGAGGGCUACAGUAGAAGCCCAGGUUGCUAGAGCCCAAGCCCAAGCCCAGAUUCAAGCUGCUCAAACGACGGCUGCUCAAGUUCAGGCUGCACGAUUACAAGCUGCCCAGAUUCAAUAUUAUUAUCCAAAUAAUCAACAAACUGCUGCUUGGAUAGAGUAUCAUCGUCAAUAUACUCAACAUCUUGUUGAAAUUUAUGAAGAGCGUCACCGCCGUGCAGUUAUGCAAAGUCAGCAAAAUGCAUUGCAACAGUCUCCACGUAGGACAAGACAUGAGCAACCAUCCUCGGUUUCUUCCGCUUCUCCAAGUGCGCUACAGUCAUCGCCUUCUAGGGGUGGACAAGAGCAGUCAUCAUUAUCUUCUACUACAUCUCCUCAAAACGCACCCCAGCCGUAUCCAGCUGGUAAUGAACAAGAACAAUCCUCACAGAUUUCACUCGUCCCUUCUCCAUCUGAAAGGGAACAAGAACAAACCUUACCAACUUCUCCCAUUCCUUCUCAAAGUGCCUCCGUAUCUGAGAAGAGACAAGAACAACCCUUAUCAACUUCUCCCAUCCCUUCUCAAAGUGCUUCCCUAUCUAAUAAGAGACAAGAACAACCCUUAUCAACUUCUCCCAUCCCUUCUCAAAGUGCUUCCCUAUCUAAUAAGAGACAAGAACAAACCUUACCAACUUCUCUCAUCCCUUCUCAAAGUGCCUCCCUAUCUGAGAAGAGACAAGAACAAACCUUACCAACUUCUCCCAUCCCUUCUCAAAGUGCCUCCCUAUCUGAGAAGAGACAAGAACAACCCUUACUAACUUCUCCAAUCCCUUCUCAAAGUUUACUCUCGCCAUCUUCAUCUGGGAAUAAACAAGAGAAAGCCUCACCAAUUUCGCUCUCUCCUUCUCAAACUACGCUUCAGUCAGAAACUCAAAAUACACCACAGCCAUUUACACCCGAGAAUAGGCAAGAACAAAUCUUAACAACUUCUCCCAUCCCUUCUCAAAGUGCCUCCCUAUCUGAGAAGAGACAAGAACAAACCUUACCAACUUCUCCAAUUCCUUCUCAAAGUGCCUCCCUAUCUGAGAAGAGACAAGAACAAACCGUACCAACUUCUCCAAUCCCUUCUCAAAGUUCACCCUCGCCGUCUCCAUCCGGAAAUAAACAAGAGAAAGCCUCACCAAUUUCGCUCUCUCCUUCUCAAACUACGCUUCAGUCAUCUCCAGCCGAAACUCAAAAUACAUUUACACCCGAGAAUAGACAAGAGCAACCCUCACCAACUUCUCCCUCUCCACAGCAAAUAACUGAACUUUCAUUACUUCCGGAUUCUCCACCUCAUCAUGAAGUCCACGUUCUUAUUCAGCAAACUCCUCCACCUCAAGUAACACUAAUAACACCCCCACCAUUGCGUCACACACGACGUUCAGCAAAGCAAAGACAGAUUGACGAGCUGUUAGCAUUCAUCGAAGCUAUACAGCAGAGUGAUGAGCCUACUAAAAGAAGAAAACGUGCUAUGGAAGCGAUAUAUUCUAAAUUACAAGAAUUGGGUUAUGACGUGGAUGAUUACUUUAGAGUUCGUUUGGAAAACCAUGACAUCGAUUCUGCUAUCAUACCUUCCCAGGUGUUAAUCAAAAACAGAAGGACGACUCGAAGGAAUGGAAUGGGGAAUACCAACAGUACUGCAAAAGCCGUGCGAUAG